CAAGCGCCGUUUGAGUUAACAGAACAGAAGACAGAAAGCAUGGCUGCGGAUAUGAGAUUGCCAACUAUUCGGAAACAAGUAGCGUUAUCAUCCUCUCUGUCUGCUUUGGAUGGAAAAGAUCUAGUUGUUCCCGGUGAUGUGAUCACAUCAGAUACAGGGUUUAUGAGGGGUCAUGGGACUUACAUGGAUGAAGAAAAACUAACAGCCUCUGUGGCUGGAGAGGUGGAGAGAGUGAACAAGCUCAUCUGUGUACGGCCGCUCAAGACCAGGUUCAACGGGGAGGUUGGAGAUGUGGUGGUUGGGAGGAUCACAGAGGUGCAGCAGAAGCGCUGGAAGGUGGAGACCAACUCCAGACUGGACUCUGUGUUGCUGCUGUCCUCUGUCAAUCUGCCCGGAGGAGAGCUGAGGAGACGGUCAGCAGAAGAUGAGCUCACCAUGAGAGACUACCUUCAGGAGGGGGACCUCAUCAGUGCAGAGGUACAGUCUGUUUUCUCAGAUGGAGCGCUCUCUCUUCACACCCGCAGUUUAAAGUAUGGAAAGUUGGGGCAAGGAGUUCUUGUGCAGCUAUCUCCCUCUCUGAUCAAGAGACAGAAAACCCACUUCCACAACCUGCCUUGUGGGGCCUCCAUCAUCCUGGGCAAUAAUGGCUUUGUGUGGCUGUACCCCACCCCAGGACAUCAGGACGAGGAGGCUGGAGGAUACUACACCAGUCUGGAGCCUGUCUCUCUCUCAGAUCGGGAGGUGAUCUCACGGUUGAGGAACUGCUUGCUGGCCUUGGGGGCACACAAGGUGCUUCUGUACGACACCAGUGUGCUCUACUGUUACGAGUCAUCACUCCCACACCAGAUCAAGGAUAUCUUAAAACCAGAGGUGAUGGAGGAGAUUGUGAUGAUGACGCGUCAGAAACUUGUCGAACUGGAGGGUUAGAGUACCAGAUGCAACCUUCCUUAACGUAAUGGAAGGUUUGUGUUCCCUGCAUUCCAAGUUUAGGCAUCAAGGCCUUAAAACCACAUUGGGGACUAAACCCAAGGUCUGAACUUGUCUCUCAACCAGAAGAUACCGUGACCUGUAUAUCCCCUUUUUGAUACAAUCUUCUGGCUUCACCAGGAAAUGUAUUUCUCUGCAGUUUAGUUUAUGAAGCCAAAAAUAUAAAUGCAUCAAGUGUUGGUCUCAUGUUUCAUGAGCUGAAAUGAAAAAAUCCCUGAAAUUUACCAUACACACAAGAAGCUUAUUUCUCUCAAUUUGUGUGUACAAAUUUGUGCACAUCCCUGUUAGUGAGCAUCUCCUUUGCCAAGA